AUGGAAGACACAUCACAAAAGAAAGUUGCUAAUAGGCCAAUUAGAAGUGAUUUGAACAUUUUUAACGAAUUGAAGAGGUUACCUGACCCUAUUCCUGGACUCGAUAAUCAUUAUAUGUCAUUUUCGGAGGUGUAUGAAAUGAAGAUAACUGAACAAUAUUGCCCUUCUUUACAGAACAAAAAGUCCCAAAAUAUACCAAUAAUGUCUGCACAAUUUGGAAAAAAUGUAUGGACAGUUAUUAAAUGUGUAAAAUGCAACAAACCUCGUGUUUUGUAUGCCUGUCGCAAAUUAUCAGAGGAAGAGUAUCUUUUACUUCAAUCUUUUUUGGAAACAGUAGAAUAUAUCUGUGGAAUUUCAUUCAAAGGUCUUACUGAAUUAAGUUUUUCUAAGAGUAUUUGUAAUGAUACGGAUGAAAAAGAAAAUGAAGUUAUAUCACAUGAACAAGAAACUGACUCCAUAGCUGAAUUAUUUAAAUUGGACAUAAUCCAGAUAGGAAAUGAGCUACCAUUUUGUGAAGAGUGUCAUACAAAAACUGGAGAAAAAAGAAAAAUGGAAAGAAGACUUGAUAUAGUUUUAUGA